AAAAAUCGCUAGAGAUUCUAUCACCUACACUAUAUUCAUCUAUCAAUAACAUGAAGUAUAUUAUUAUUUUAACAAUAAUUUGUGCAACAUCUGCACUGGCAGCACCUGAGUUGGAGUUAGACAACUUAUGGAGAAAUUUCAAGAAUGACCAUAAUAGACAAUAUGCAUCCGCCGAUGAGGAAGCGAAACGUUUCGAAAUUUUCCGGGCAAACCUCCAGUCAAUCAUGGAAAACAACCUGAAAUACGAAAGAGGCCAGACCACUUACAAGAUGGGAAUCAACAAAUUCACCGAUAUGACUCAAGAGGAACGCGUAGAGAAAUAUUUGACAAAAAUAGAACCGCCGACGCAUCGAGAUGAAGCUGAAUUACCGCUCACAGACGUGCCAGAAUCCAAAGAUUGGGCUGCUGAAGGUAUGGUCACCAAAAUCAAAGACCAGGAAGCUUGUGGAUGCUGUUACGCGUUUGCAUCAGUGGCAGCUAUUGAAAGCGGAAAUGCCAUAGUAAACAAGAAACUUCAAGACCUCAGCGUGCAAGAAGUAGUCGACUGCUCCGCAGGUGAUAUCUACUUGAAUCACGGUUGUAGCGGAGGCAUUAUCGAAGGAUCCAUACACUACGUCAUGGACCACGGUAUAGUAGCCGAAGAAACUUAUCCCUACGCUGGCACCGAUGGUAACAUAUGCUCAACUAACGCUUCAAAACCAAUCGUAACGGUUAAAUCGUACAAAAACGUUCCAGCCAAUGAGACUCUACUCAAACAGGCAGUCGGCGGUAUUGGUCCUGUGGCUGCAUGCGUAGAUGCAAAUACUUGGUUCGCUUACGAAGAUGGAAUCUUAGAUGGACCGUGCUACGAUAAUGCUACUAGUCACGUUAUUUUGAUCGUUGGAUAUGGUACUGAAAACGGAGUUGACUACUGGCUUGUGAAGAAUUCAUGGGGAACGGGUUGGGGAGCGAAAGGAUUCGGAAAAGUUCGGAGGAACAACAACAAUGCAUUCUGCUUAGCUACUUACACGGCGUAUCCUAUCAUGAAAUAAUCGUGUUAUAAUUUUAUCAGAUAAAAUUGUGAAUAAUAAAGUCAAAUAAAAAUGGAAUUUACCGAG